AUGCAAGGCCGAGAUACGACAGACAUAGAGCCAUCACUAGAUGUAGAAGCCAAUGCUGGCGACUUGUCAUCUUUUGUAGAACGAGAACCAUUACCUAUCCGAAGAUAUUUGACAGAUGCUGCUUUGGUUGUCGCCAUGGCUGGAGGGUUGGAACUAUUUUGUCGUAUUUACGGCCCAUACGAGCGAGGAUUCUUCUGCGACGAUGAAUCUAUCAGAUACGAGUACAAACCCAACACUAUCAGUUUAUUUACACUAAUCAUGUUUCUAUUGAUACCUAAUGUUUUGAUGGUAAGUUCUAGUAAGUUGCGGAAAGCUGAAUACUUUUUGCCCGCUUGACUGUUUUGGCUAUAUUUUGACCAAGCUUUGACUAUAUUUAAGUUAAAAAAAAUUUUUAGAUAUAAUAAUACUUUUUUGAGCUUGAAUAUUAAAUUUAGAGCACUGUAACGAAGGACAAUUUUAGAUUAUUGCUGUCGAAUGCUACAGAAUGCACAGAACAAGGACAAAUGUAGAAACGUAUUCAACGUACGAAAAUGGACGACCUCAUACUAUGAAAUUGCUUAUCAGAUUGGCUAUCUUCCAUGGUAAGACAAUCGUCUCAACUUUUUAUAAAAAUUAAUUUUUAAUGACGUAAAAAUCAGCUUUUUGAUCAAGAAAUUUUGUUAAAGCUACAAUUGUUUAACCUCUAGUGUUUUAAAAUUUAAAAAAUUAUUAUUUUUACAGUGACUGACUUUUACAUGUGAAAUUAUUAAAUUGCACAAAAAGAUUUGGGCUCAGCCGGUGAUCGAAACCGGGGCCUCUCGCACCCAAAGCGAGAAUCAUACCACUAGACCACUGAGCCGCGGCGAUCUUUCUUCUUGAUUUCUUUAUCUUCUCAGCGGAUAAACGUGAGAAGCUUCUCUUUGGAAUCUUGUAAUGAUUUCAUCGCUGCUACGGGGUUUGAAGAUGCCUUUAGGGGAUAGCAGCGGAUGAAGCGAAAGGAUGCCGCGGCUCAGUGGUCUAGUGGUAUGAUUCUCGCUUUGGGUGCGAGAGGCCCCGGUUUCGAUCACCGGCUGAGCCCAAACCUUUUUGUGCAAUUUAAAAAUUUUAAAGUUUUUAAAACUUAUACAUAGUUUUAACAAAACGAUAUUUCAGGGUACUACAUAGCAUCAAUCCUAGUAAUAAUGACCCUGACAUCAGCCACAAAGUACCCGGUAGGACGACUAAGGCCACAUUUCAUGGACGUAUGUAGGCCAAAUGUUGGAUAUGACAGUUGUAAUACAUCAUCGGAGAUUGUUGACUACUAUUGUACUAGUGGGUUGAGUGCUCAGAUAUUGGAAGCAAGACUGUCGUUCUUCAGUGGACAUUCAAGUUUGUCUGUUGGGAGUGCUACGUUUGGUGUGGUAGGUUAUUAGUGUUAUUUGUAAAAACGUGUUUUUCUAAAUUUUGCUUUUUUUAAAUUUUUAGUGUUUGUGUUAUUUUAAUUAUUUUUGGAUAUUAUUUAUGUUUAAAAUCUUUUACUUCAGAUCUACUUGCAAGACCGGCUAUAUGGUCUACUGAAAAGUCGAGUAAUAGUCCCAAUCUUCCAAACAAUGUACUUUUGCACUGCUUUGUACAUUGCUUACACUAGGAUAUUUGACAAUUGGCAUCAUUGGUCAGAUGUUCUUGUUGGGACAUUGGUUGGUAUUGUGGUUAUGAUGAUUAUGGUAAGUUUACUAAUUUUUUGGAUAUUAAACAUUCUUUAAAAAGUGGCUAAAAUACAUAUUUUUAUUAUAUAAAGCAAACAUAGUAGAACUUCUGUAUAAUGAAUUGAUUGGAGAUUUGAAAUUUGUUUGUUUUAGAGGAAUUUAUUGUACAGGAGUUUCACUGUAUGAAAAGCAAUGUAAAAUACGCACCUCCUUAUUCUCGAUACAUUAACUCCCCUUCCUAACGUCUACUUCUCUUAUGUUUUCCUAGCCGACUGGCAGCGCUUUCGCUUUUUAUUCGAGAGACUUUGGUUCGAUCUCUGUUAAUAUAGCAUUUCCUUACACCGAGGAAGUCGUGUGCUUUCAAUCGGCUAUACAAAAAUGCAACAUUGACGAGGGGGAAAACCCGAAGUGCUGGAGCUCCUAGCAAUUUCUUUACUUCGUAAAAUCUCUUACUACAGUUUUAUUUUUAAUUGUAAAGAGACAUUUUCAGUAGAUUAGUUAUGAAAUUGAUUGUUUUAUGGUUGCCUUUGUCAUUGGUUUACCGUAACUUCACUUUUUAAUAUUGUCUUGAGCAAUAAUUUACUGUAACGUCGCUUUUCAACAUUGUUUUCAUCAAGGGUUACUGUAACUUUCUUUAUCUUUACUUUUAUCUACAAGCUUUUGUAACUGCAUUAUGUAGUCUUAUUUUUACUGAGGAGCUACUGUAAUUUAGUUUUCCGUAUGUUUUAAAAUUACUGUUAAUUUUUUUACUUUUUUUGCUGGCAUCUACUGUAUAUUAUAUUUUUCAGUGCCAAUACUUCACGGGAUUGAAGCCACGCUUCAAACCGACGCCUCAUGAAAGAGUAUUCUUAUUGAGUCAUCAUGGAACGGCGAACAACAUGAGCACAUUAACAUUUACCUCACAAGAUCCAUUACCUAAUUUCAACUACGGUACGAAUGUAAAUAACUUAUAA